AAAAAUCCCCUUAUACCACACACAUCACAUGAACCCCUCUGCCCAAUGCGACCUUAUCUCCACCGUUCUUUCAAAUGGCCCACCACUCCCUGCCUUCACCAUCUUCCCUCCGCCAAAAGAUUCAAAACCUCCCUCUCUCCCAGACUUCCCUCCUUUUCUCUUCAACAUACAAAUUCAAAUCCUCGCCACUCAGCAACAACAGUCCUCCAUCCCCCUCUCUCUAUCCUCCCACCAUCCCCCUCCAUUCCCCAAAUCAAGCAAGCCCACGCCCACAUCAUCGCCCUCGGCCUCUCCCGCCACCGCUCGAUCGUGUGCCACCUUCUCGUUGCGUGCGCGAUCUCACCAUCCCCGUCCCCCGAAUACGCUUACGCGAUCUUCAACUGCAUCGAACACCCAAAUGUUUUCAGUAGGAAUAACAUGAUUAGAUGCUACGCCAAGGGCGGCACGCCUAGCCAAUCGCUAGCCUUAUACGCAGACAUGCGCCGGAAUAACGUGUGCCCAAACAAGCACACAUUCCCUUUCGUCUUGCAAGCAUGUAGCAAGGUCUCGACGAUCGCCGACGGUGUGCAAAUCCACGCUCAUGUUGUGAAGCUCGGGUUCGUGGAAGAUGUCUAUGUCCGGAACGCGUUGAUUCAUUUCUAUUGCGCGUUUCGCGAAUUGGAUGACUCGAGGAGGGUCUUCGAUGAGAGCUCCGAGCAGCGGGAUGUUGUGUCGUGGAAUGCAAUUCUGGCUGGGUACGCAAGGGAUGGGAAGAUGGACGUUUGUGAGGAGCUGUUCGAUGAAAUGCCUGAAAGAGAUGCGGUUUCUUGGAGUACCAUGACUUUGGGUUAUGUGGUUGGUGGAAAAUUAGAGAAGGGGUUGGAAUUGAUUAGAGAGAUGAGAGAUAAAGGAAUAGCACCGAAUGAGGCGACAUUGGUCACGGUCCUCUCGGCCUCGGCUCAGUUGGGUUUGCUUGAAAAUGGCAGAUGGAUUCAUUCCACAAUAAAGGCUCUAAAUUUUCCUAUGACCGUCCCUCUUAGAACAGCGCUCAUUGACAUGUAUGCAAAGUGCGGGUGCAUUGAGCUGUCUAGACAAUUAUUCCAUGAAAUGCCCCAAAAAGAUGUUUUCGUCUGGAAUGCUAUGAUAUGUGGGUUGGCCAUACAUGGUCUAGGUGCAGAAGCAGUCAAGCUCUUCCAGAGGUUCACCCACGAAGGACUUCGUCCCAUGAAUGUUACUUUCGUUGGGGUCUUGAGUGCAUGUAGCCAUGCCGGGUUGGUCAGCGAAGGCCGGCGUUAUUUCGAGUCCAUGAUGGAGGAUUAUGGGAUUGAACCUGAGAUGGAGCACUAUGGGUGCAUGGUUGAUCUCUUGGGCCGCGCAGGUUUUGUAUCAGAAGCCCUUCAAUUGAUUGAGAAGAUGACUGUCCCGCCAGACCCUGUCAUAUGGGGAACACUACUUGGGUCAUGCAGGGUGCAUGGGCUAGUAGACUUGGGUGAAACCAUAGGGAGAAAACUAAUUGAAAUGGACCCUACCCAUGAUGGCCACUAUGUUUCACUAGCUAGUAUUUAUGCUAGAUCAAGGAAAUGGGAAGAUGUGAUUAAGAUCAGGAGAUUGAUGGUUGAUCGAGGCGCUAAUAAAGUUGCAGGCUGGAGCCUGAUUGAAGCUCAGGGUAGGGUCCACCGGUUCGUUGUGGGGGACAGAACACACGAGCGGUCUAGGGAGAUCUAUGAGAUGCUUGAAGAGAUCGGGAGGCAGUUGGCAGUGGCCGGAUACUCACCAGACGUUUCUGGGGUCCUGCAUGACAUAGGGGAGGAGGAGAAGGAGAAUGCUGUUAGGGAGCAUAGUGAGAGAUUGGCUAUUGCAUUUGGGCUGAUGGUGACUGGGGUGGGAGGUUUGAUAAGGGUAGUGAAGAAUCUGAGGGUGUGUGGGGAUUGUCAUGAGGUGAGUAAGAUGAUUUCAAAGUUGUUUGGGCGGGAGAUUGUUGUGAGGGAUGGGAGCAGGUUUCACCAUUUCAAAGAUGGGGAGUGUUCUUGCUUUGAUUAUUGGUAAGGAAGAGAAAUCAAGCUAUGUAUACUUUUCUCUUUUUGGCCGAAGGGUGCGUUUGGAGCCCUCUGGAUGAACGGUUUGGAUCAUGAAAAGGUGGCCCCAACUGUACAGCACAGGUGUAGUGCAUGUUGAUUGAUAUAGACUUUCCAAAUAAUGGCCCCACAAUAGAUGGACCUUUGCCCAAAAAUCACAAGGAUCGGAUGAUCUCAAUCUUCCAAUUUCGCCCAUUGAGUUGGGUCUGUUUUUGUUAACCGUUCUAUUUCUGACAGUUCAUCUAUGGACAACCAAUCAGACAGGAUUCUGCCAAACGUGAAUUGUGGGGUAUGUAUGCUACAUUGCAUAAUGAAGGUCAGGGGUUAUGGUACAACCAUCUUUGCACUGUACACGUGACCAGUGAGUUGACCGUCCAUCUACUUGUUCCUAAUGUGGUGGGAAAUGAUUGAAGAUCCACAAUAAUCCGAACUCGGACUGCCUAGCGUAGUGGUGCUGGAAAAGCUGUGGCCCCACCAUGAUGUCUCUGUUUUAUCCACACAUUUAUAUAUUUUUCCAACUCA